AAGUUAUGCAUGUUAACUGAAGAUGAAUUGUGGGGACUUUGAGCGCAUGGACAGUUUAGAUGGCUGGGUCGCAAUCAAAAGUAACAUAUUUGAUGACACGGACACUUUUAAGCUCGGAUUUAUUGUACAGUGGAAUGCUAUAGAAUCCAAGUUUGCUGUCACUUGUCAUAACAGAACUCUUCAGAGACAGAGGCGUAAAGGAGAACUUGGACCCGGAGAAACGGACACUAGCUGGGCUGGACUGUUCUCCGUUAAUGAUCUGAAAAAUGUCCAUCGUCAGCUUACAGGGGUUUGUGAUGUCCUGGCGCCGUAUUUUCCUGACUUAUCGGACUUUGAGGAGGGGAACAUAUGGGACCUGAUAUUUUACGGGCGAACUGCCAAUCCAGACGAACAUGAAAAAGACCUAGAUGCACCUUGCCGUCAUCUCGAAAAAUAUUUCAGCACCGCAAUUGAUGUCUGCGGCCGCAAGAUCGUGUUGGAUUCAUUAUUCAAUCAGACUGAACAAGAGGUUGAAGAAUACUUUGAGAAUCUACAGGAGUUUAAAAGAAAAACUAUGCAAGACGAAGUUGAUAGAGCGAAAGAACAUCUGCGACAGACGCUGCAGGGGCACAAGCGUGCAGACAGGAUGGUCCUUCUCUUAAAGAUUUAUGACGAAGAGGACGAGGCUUACAAAGAAUUAGUAACCGUGGCAACAGUAUUGUACCAGUACCUGCUGCAGCCUUUCCGAGAUAUGAGAGAACUGGCCAUGCUCUGCAAAAUGGAGAUCCUGAAAUCCUUAGAGUUUGAGGAGCUGGGUCCGAAGAGGAUAGCGGAGCUGGAGAGGGAGGCGGAGGAGUGGAGGAGGAGAGCGGAGGACGCAGUGGCCUCCAUACAGGACAUCACCGUCAGCUUCUUCAAGGAGACGUCCAGAGCACUGGCAGGCAUGCUGAAGCAGAUGGAGGAGGAUAAGAGGCGGUUUGGCCAGGCCUCCUGGGCCUCUGCCUCCCCCAGACUGGAGAAGCUGAAGUUUCUCCUCGCCAAGGAGACGCUGCAGCACAUGAGAGCCAAGGAAAUGUGUCUGAGUCACAAGAAAGAGGAGAUCAGAGAGCAGAUGGAGAGUCUGUCGGAGCAGAAGGACGGCAUCAUUGCCGUGGACCAGUUAGAGCUGCAGUUUUACGAGGCUCAGCUGGAGUUGUAUGACGUCAAGUUUGAAAUCCUGAAAAACGAGGAGCUGCUACUGGUGGCUCAGAUUGACAGCAUUCGGCGACAGAUUAAAGAGCGGAAGGAGGAAGUCGUUUAUUACGACGCCUGUGAAGAUGCGGAGGAGCUCCAGUCCAUGAUGCAGGAUCUGAGCGGAUCCCAGCACGACUCUACCGUCUCCGUCAGAAAGCUGAGCCGCCGCCUGCAGCUGCUCGAGACCAAGAGAGGAUCCAUCUGUGCCAGACGGGCUUAUCUGCGCAAUAAGAAGGAUCAGUGUAUGGAGGCACACGAACAAAAGCAAAGACUGGCUCAGCAGACCUCAGCUCACUUUAUACAGCACCACGGAGUCCAUCUGAAAAGAGAGAAGAGGAAAGAGGAGGACCAGCAGAGGAAGGAGUGGGUGAAUCAGGAGAGAGAGAAGACCCUGAGCAGACUGCGUUCUUUCAGAGAGAAGAGACAGGGCCAGUAUGUGUUCAAAACUCCCCGAUCAAAGCUGACCUCGCCGGUACCCUCCAGCGAAGACUCCGCCCAGCCAAUGUCUAUUAUCAGCCUGACUCCACCCCCCAGUGGAGCAACACCCUCCCCUCAGCAAGUGCCCAGAUCCACCAGCAAAAAGAAGAGCAAGAAGCCUAAAGAUAUACCUGUCCAGAUAUUUCUGCCCAGUGGAUCAGGGGCCGUGCCUCCAGAUCAGACUGUCAACUCCCCACCUCCCCCACCUCCCCCUCCUCCUCCUCUACCACCUCCUCCACCUCCCCCUCCUCCACCUCCCCCAGGCCUGCCUCUCCUUCCCACGCCCACACAGCCUGGCGAUGAAGCUCAGCCGCUGAGUGAGAAAGAGGCUCUGCCUUUUCCUGCCAAGAACACCCUCAAACAGAACAUAGGCUCCAUGGAUGAGGUGUUGGCGUCUCUGCAGAGGGGGCACCUCCAGCUUAGGAAAGUCCAGCCUGCUGCCCCCCCGCCCACGGGCGGUCCGCAGGAGAACCCUAGGGACAAAAUCCUGAGCGCCAUCCGACAGGGCGUGAAGCUCAAGAAGGUCCAGCGGCCUGUCAACGCCCCCGCCAACAAAGACACGGAGCUGGAGCGCAGCAUCAAGGCUGCCAUGCAGAGGAUGAAGAGGGUGUCUUCUGACUCCGACGAUGAAGAUCAGGGCGAAAGCCAAUCAGGAGAGUGGGACAGUUAGGCUAGGCGGUCGCAUCCACCUCUCAUUGGCCGAAGGUCUAUUACACAAGCACUUCUGUUCCUCCACUGCCGAGUGUAUUUGAUGUGAUGAAUCAGAGAGUGUGUGAUGUGGGGAGUAGCAGACUGGAGCAGGGCAGGUCUGAUCCGGUCCAGCUGGACUGAGGAACAAAUGACAGUUCCGUCCUCACGGUCCAUCGUCUUGGUCUUCUCUCGUCCACGCCGUCCUGACAGACGUGGAAUACUUCUCUGAGAUAAGACAACAUGAAAUCCACUCAAAUCGGAAAAGCUCUUCCCUUGACUAAACCAUUUCGGCUUGUUCCACGUCCCCAAGAUCCAACAGAAAUAUUCAGGCAGUCAUAACGUUGAUUUUAUUCUGUGUGAGUGUUUUUCCUUUAGCGUUUACGCUAAUGACCUUCGUGCUGUAUGUUUAACUGUUCUAGGGAAUGCCGACACGUUAUGUUGAAUUUAGUGAAUGUUUGUUACUCUGAGGUGGUUGUCUUUGAUCCGACGGGCUUGGCACUGAGUAGAAACAGUAGUUAGUUAUCUUUGAGUUUCUUUAUCACAAUUUCCAUCAAAAAAAAAUGCCAUAAUAUCAGUAAUCAAGUCUAUAAAGAAUAUUGCCUUUCAGAUGAAACGGUGAUGGCUGUUUUCUGUUCUUUAAUGACCUACAACUGUGCAUGCAUCGCAGAACAGAAUGUAACGCAAACAGCUGAAUCACUCGUUUGGAAAUGGAAGAUUUACAAGAGAAACUGCACUGAUUUGUGAACAC